AUGAGCAGACCUCUACUUGGUCUCAUUCUCCUCAAUGAGAAGUAUUUCUCAGACUUACGGAGCAGCAUUGUUGUUAGUAGCCAGCCCCCUCUGAAAAGCGUCUACGCUUUGAGAAUUCGAAUAGAGAGCAUUGAAAAGGAAUCUUUCUGCAUUCAGACGAGAAGUGAACGACUCUGCAUGGACUGCACUGAAAGGGUGAAACAGGUUCUGCUGCGAGGACGUUUUGUAAUAAAUAUUUUCCUCUUUACCGAGGGAAAGAAACAAACUUUUGCACUGAAAGAGGGUGAAACAG